AAUGACUGCACCGCGAGCGCCGCGCAGUCCGCUGUGUCUUUUGUGUUCCUUCGCCGCCACCAGCUCGCGCCCGCAAAAUCGCCUCGCCGUUUCCCUAUCCCGUACUCAAGUCGCCUACCGUAAUAAUGUCACAAAACAAAAAUCCAAGGCUCCAGGGAAAAACUUCAGACCAGGCCAUACACUCCAUCAUGGUUAUGGAUUUAGGCCGGAAGCAAUCUUGCGCGCACAGCUCUACAACAUCCGCCAAGAAACCCGAGAGCCCGAAUUCAUGGAGAGCUUGCGUAUGACCCCCGAUACCUUCGAUGCCCAUUGGAAGCGUUUCGAAACUUCCGUCAAACGAUGGAUGGAUCAAGGCGGUCAAGAGUUCCUCGGCCUGAUAAAAGAAGCCUCAGGAAGGAAAACAAAGCCCUUGGAGAAUCGUCUACGGUAUUGGUUCUAUGCUCUGUUAUAUGGCGACCGCUUCUCUCCGGCCGAGCUGAAGAUCCACAAAGAAAAGGCGGAUCUUCGAUACCCUUCGGAAUGGUUUCCUGUAACCAGAAGACUCCGCCGUACCAUACAUCUCCACGUCGGUCCUACAAAUUCGGGGAAGACAUAUCAUGCUCUCAAACGACUCGAGGAAGCAAAGAAGGGUAUAUAUCUUGGCCCGCUGCGCCUCUUAGCCCACGAGAUCUACACCCGCCUGAACUCCAAAGGAAUACCGUGUGUCCUGGUUACGGGCGAAGAGACUCGUAUGCCAAAGGAGAAACCCAGAAUGUGGAGUUGUACCGUCGAAAUGGCCCCACUGCAAUCUAAAUUGGAUGUCGCUGUUAUCGACGAAAUUCAGAUGAUCAGCCACAAGGAACGAGGGUGGGCAUGGACACAAGCUUUUCUGGGUUUACAGGCUGCAGAAGUUCAUCUGUGUGGCGAGGCUCGUACUGUGCCCAUCAUCAAAGAGCUCUGCGCCCUGACCGGUGACGACGUCGUAGUCCAUGAGUACAAGCGUCUCACCCCACUCGAAGUCGCAAAAGCACCUCUCGAGUCUUUCAGCCACCUCGAAAAAGGUGAUUGUGUGGUUGUCUUCUCAGUCCUGGGCAUUCAUGCUAUCCGACAAGAAAUCGAGAAGAAGACGGGCAGAAAGUGUGCCAUGGUAUACGGCAGUCUGCCCCCAGAAACGCGGGCUCAACAGGCCCGUCUCUUCAAUGACCCCAGCAAUGAAUACGACUUCCUGGUAGCCAGUGACGCUGUAGGGAUGGGGCUUAAUCUUGCCAUAAAACGCAUCGUCUUCGAGUCUACAGUGAAGAGUAAUGGCCGGGCUAUGGCACCAUUGGAAAUAUCGGAUCUCAAGCAAAUCGCUGGCCGAGCAGGUCGUUAUAAGACUGCCUUUGAAGCGACCACAGCCGCUACUGUACAGCAGCCUGAGGGCGUCGACGCGAAUGACCGUGCCGAGCCUGCCCCUGAGAAGACGAAGCCCCAGACUGUAGGCAUUGUCACUACGCUUGAAGAAAUUGAUUUCAAGUUUUUGAAAGCAAAUAUGACAAAAGAGCCUGAGCCCAUCCAGACAGCCGGUCUAUUUCCUCCUUCCAUGAUUGUCGAGCGAUUUGCUAGCUACUUCCCCCCUGGCACACCGUUCAGUUACAUAUUACUGCGCCUGCAUGAGAUCAGCGAAGUACACCCGCGCUUCCAUCUCUGUUCACUGAAAGAUGCACUACCCAUCGCAGACGUGAUCCAUUCGGUCAAAAAUCUAAGUAUUUCCGAACGCUACACCAUAUCAGCUGUUCCAGCCAAUAUGAAGGAUAACACGGAAAAGGCAUUCCUGCGUUCGCUUAUACAGCGCAUGGCCGAGGGCGAGACCUCUGUCUCUAUCCUCGACAUUCCUGAGUUACCGCUCGAAGCCCUCGACCAACCCGCGUCAGCAGCACGCAAAUAUCUCAAAGACCUGGAAACCCUACACAAGUGUCUAGUUUGCUAUAUCUGGCUCAGCUAUCGUUUCCCCAGCGGCAUCGGGGGUAGAAAGCUUGCUGAAUAUGUCAAACGACUCACUGAGGAUGCCAUCGAAAGAGUCCUAAUGGAGUUCACAUACACAGAAAAAGAUAUUGCUCUUCGAAAGAAGCAGAAGAAAGCGAUCAUGCGACAGUUUGAAGAAAAAGACGGUGGAGGCGUGUUCGAGCAAGAGCAGGCGAAUGUCAGCACGUCCGACACGGUGGGCCUGCCCCCUGCUGUUCAGGAUGUACUCCAAGAUACAAGUUCUUUUGCGGAAGACUCACCACCCCGUGAUGACGAAGGCACAUAUCCUGUCGCAGACCUUGAGGUGCUAGAACCAGAGGCGGUGGGCCCCAGAGCCGCAAAUCGACACUAA